AUGAUCAGGCGCAACAAUGAAGAACAAGAAGAAGAAAGGCUUCUUUUUAGGCAUUUCAGCCAUGAACAUCCCCUAGAAGUUGCCUGCGAUGAUAGUAGUCGUCCUGAAUCAGACCGAGUCACCUGUGUUGGUUGUGGCAUCCAUUUACUUCCCAGGAAGGCCUAUUACACCUGCAGAACAUGUGACUUCUCUCUCCAUCGUCCAUGCUACAACAUGCCAAGGAAAGUCCACCACCCGGCAGACCCUGGCCACGACUUAGUCCUUCAUCUCUCGACCUCUUUCGCCUGCAAAGGAUGUGGCAAUCCUGGUUCUGGCUUCUCUUAUCACUGUGGCAUAUGCCUUCAGAGUUACCAUAUUUUAUGCUCAGCUUUGCCGCUUUCCACCUCCCAUUAUUCCCAUCCCCACGUCCUAAAACUCGAGUUCUCCCCUCCUAAUUAUGAUGGACUCGAGGGCUUCUGCUGUGACAUAUGCAAAAACCCGGGUUCUGACCAUUGGCUCUAUCGAUGUGGGACCUGUGAGUUUGAUGUUCACCUUCACUGUGCCAUAUCUAACGGUCAAGGCCAUCAAUCCCAGACUCAGGAAACCAACUAA